AGGGGUCUCAAGGGACCCAACAACUAUGAAAGUGAACUUUCUGAGUUCUUCAAUACCUCUAAUAAUGUGCAUUAUGCUGCCGCCACAAAAGCACAAAACUCCAACGCCAAUCACAAUCAUAACAAUCACAACACCACUACUACCAGCUGCAGUGCGAAAUCGGCCGGAGGCAACGGCAACAAUAACAACAUCAGGAAUAAUAUCAGAACAUGCAUGUCCACAAACACAACCCAUAACCCCAUAGAUAGUAGCAGCAGCAGUAGCAGUGGAAUUGGCAGUAGCCCAGCAAUCGGUGGUAGUAACAACUACCAACAACAACAAACCCUACAGCAGCAGCAGCAGCAGCAACAGACAACGGCAGCCGCAGCGGCCGCAGCAGCAGCCGUAACAGCUACAGCACGCGACAAUAUGGCCAAUGGAGGAUAUGCAGGAUUUAAAGAGCCCGAACGCUUUUUGGAACAUAACUUUUGGCAGUCGCAAAAGAGUGCUGCUGCCGCAGCAGCCGCUGCCGCUGCUGCUACUCAUGCGACCAAUCAGUGGUCACUUAACAACAAUCGUAACUAUAUGAGCAACCUUUCGCAAAUCUCAUAUUCGAAUAACAGUCAACCAAACCAAAGUCCAUCGCCGUAUGUGCAAUUCAAUCCUUACAUGAAUAUGAACAUGAACAUGAAUUUAAAUAUGAACAUGAAUCAGCGUUCAUUUCUAAAUUCUGCGCAAGCAACGGAGAAAAAUGCAAUGCAUUUAAGUCAUUUCGAUAAACACAAUAUCCGCUUUGGGGACUACGAUUGUACAUUGCGUUAAAUAAUUUAACAUACAUACACAUUGCAUUGAAGAGAAAACAAAGCGAACAACUCACAACGUUUGGAAAAGAAAUAAUAAGAAUAACAAAAGCAAAAACAAAAAAAUCUCAUUAAAUUGAUGCACAUUGUACAAGCUGAAAGUAAUCCAUAUUAGAGCAUACAAACGACAUACAUACAUCCAUACAUACACACAUAACAUAAUAUACUAAUAUAAUUGCAUACCCUUAGAUACAAGUAUAAUAAAUAUGUGGUAAUUAAAUUGCGCAUAAUGUCGAAAUGUCUGCCAGCACAUCCGCACAUCCAUCAUAGAGACCAAACGAGUACUGGAACUACAAUAUACUAGAAUAUUUUGUUAGGCCUAUUAAUGUUCUUAAAACAGAGUAAAACAAACAUAUUUAUGUAAACUUGAUUAGUGAAUUUGUUAUCAGUAGUUUGUUACACCAUAUUGUUAAUCGAAAUCUAUCAUGAUGCGUUAAUAUGUAAUGUAUAUAGAGUUUUUUUUUAUCUAGAUGUAUUAUCCUUUUUUAAUAAAAAGCAACAAAUGAC